AACGAGCUUACGUUGGUACACGACGCACGACUACCGUACGCGCGAUCGCGAAAAACUUUUCUGUGUCGUGAAAAUAAUUCGCCGCGUGCACGAAAAAUGAACACGAUUUUUCCGUGCUGUGAUCCCCUUUUUGUGUAAAAGACUAAUCUGCGUAAGAGUGUUCUGAAGAGGCUAAUUACGAGUUGCUAAGCUAAUUGGCGGGGCCGGCGGUUCAUGAAGUGCGAGAGGCGUACGCCGCAGCAGGCCAGUGGCGGUAGUCCCCGGCUAGACGCAAGCAUGUUGGCCAUGGACGUCACCAAGGAGGCGCGCGCGUCGCCCCUGCCUGCGCCCUCGCAGCCCAACAGUUCCACGCCGACGCAGCAGACUCAGCCACAGAUAUGCGCCGGGUGCAGCAAAGUGAUCACGGAGCGGUACCUCCUGAAGGCGUUGGACCAGCUGUGGCACGAGGACUGCCUGAAGUGCGGCUGCUGCGACUGCCGCCUCGGGGAAGUCGGUCACACGCUCUACACCCGCGCCAACCUCAUCCUUUGCAAGCGAGACUAUUUAAGGUUAUUCGGAAAUACGGGGUAUUGUGCGGCGUGCAACAAGGUGAUCCCUGCGUUUGAGAUGGUGAUGCGCGCGCGCAGCAAUGUCUACCAUUUGGAAUGCUUUGCUUGUCAACAGUGCAAUCACAGAUUCUGCGUGGGCGACCGGUUCUAUCUGUGCGAGAACAAGAUCCUCUGCGAGUACGAUUAUGAGGAGAGACUGGUGUUCGCCAACAUGGCCUACAAUCCUCCCCCGCUGGCGCACCUCAAGAGACAGACCACGCAUCUACCGCCACCACCUCAGACCAGCAACGCAAUGGGUGGCCUGAUGAACGGCUCCAGCCGCGCCGGGGACCUCAACAACAACAUGUCUGGCUCGUCACCCGCGCCCUUCGUCCCUCCCCCGCACCUCAAACCCCUCGGCCUAUCUGCGUCCAGCUGAGACUACCGCGUGUGAGACGCCGCUCAUCCGUACGCUAAGUAUCAACACUAAAUAGGCGUGCUAUAAAGUGUGAUUCAGUGGAACCCAACUCGAAUUGUGGACGAUACGCGCGUGGACUCAUGUUCGAGAUAUUCAAAGUAAAUGCCAAAACGUAGUUAGUCCCCUUUAUUGUGAGGUAGGCUUAAACAAUCUUGACCUACUUAUAUGAAAAUUUUCAUGUAUAAAUGUUAUUUGAAACGAUGGAUGUUUUAGUUUAUUAAAUCUCAUAAGAUGAUCUCAGAUGAGCAAUUUUGCUGCAUUAGAAUAGUUUCUAUAAUAAUGUACGAAGAAUCAAUAUUUUAUAUGUUUUCAGGCUGUAAUCAAAAAGUGGAGUACAUGCUUAAGGAAAAUAAAAAUUUUACAUUUUAGCUGGGCGAUAUAAAUGUUUAGUAUGUACUUGCCUUUGGUACAGUCGAUGACACAGCUCUAACUUGGAAAAUCGAAUUGAUCUAAUAUUGUCUUUGACUGUAAGAACAGUUAACCUUGAGCGGGUUAUAAGACUGCCGUAAUUUCAUUUUCGAAUAAAUUUUAAAUGUAUUAUAGCAUCUAAUUAACUGUUAUUGUAAAUAAAUAAUGUUCGAUUAUUAAGAAAAGUAUUUUGUGUUUGAAUCUCUUGGACCACUGAACAUCUUGUAUUACAAACACGAUCAUCUAUGUAACCAGGAAAUAUAAGUGUGAAUGUAUCACACAUAUAUUUACAAAGGUACCAACCAUUUUCGUAACUUUGGUGAUAACUUUUUACCUUUGUUUGCCAAUUUCGUAUAGAAUGAUAACCUGUUAUUUACUUCAAUCUAUUUUGUCUGCAAUACACGUUCAGAAUCAGUUCAGGUAAUAGAUUUAACCAAAAUACUAAUUAUUAAGUUUUUGUAUAUUUUCACACUUGUAAAUUAUUUGGCUUGGCCUUCGUAGAAUUUAUUUUUGCUUAAAUCCAAUAUGUUAUUUCGUUUUGUACCUAUAUUGUAUAUUAUUUGUUAAGUUUAUUAUAAACAUUGUUGUAAUGUUUGUAUUAUUCCUGUAAAUAUUUAACUUUAAGUAGAAUAUUAUCUGAUAGACGACUACUUGAAUUAGAGAAUUGUGAAAAUUCAUGUAUUAGGUAGAAUAUAUUGUAAUUAAAAAUAGUUCAAACUAGUUUCUUUAGCGACAUUUUAAAUGAAUGUACUUCAAAAACAGUUACUUUGCAUUUAGGUGCAGUCGUCUUAGUUAAGAUGUUGAAACGUGAACGUGCUUCGCAAAUUUUACGAAUUAUUGUAUUAACACUUUGGUAGACGACUGUACAUUGUAAUUCCUAUAUAAGAGCACCAUGUACAGACAGAAACACAUUUAUGUAAACGCCAAUGUGUCUGGUUCCCCUUUAACCAAUGAUACGACCAAAGAUGUAGAUCAUUAAAGCCUUG